UGUCAGUUAGAAGGUAGUGAAAACAGGAAGGCUCUGAGCUGAGACUUGCUGGAUUGUUGAGAUUUGCGACACACAGAGAGCUCGCCUCGUCGCCACUGCCACAACAUGUGCACUGGACAAUGCUCCCGCUGCAUCGCCAUCACCCUCUACCCACUGGCGGUCUUAUCCAUCAUCUGUAACAUCGUGCUGUUCUUUCCCGGCGGAGAUGUCAAGUACGCUAAAGAUGGGCACAUUACAGAGGAGGUGAAGUACAUGGGAGGAGUCUUUGGAGGAGGUUUGCUGGUGUUGCUUCCAGCACUUUACAUGCACUUGACCGGACUCAAAGGGUGCUGUGGCAACCGAUGUGGGAUGCUCUUAUCCAUUGUGUUUGCUGCAGUGGGCGUGGCUGGAGCCAUCUACAGCUUUAUUGUGGCUCUCCUUGGUUUGAUCAAUGGGCCCCUCUGUGAGGUCGCUUUUGUUUGGAUAACACCAUUUAAAGACCGGGACGAGAGUUACCUCAAUAACAAGUAUUGGUGGUCAACGUGCUCAAACCCGAAGGAUGUGGUGCAGUUCAACAUUGGAUUAUUUGCUACUCUGCUGGCGACUAGCUGCCUGCAGGGGGUGCUGUGUGCUAUUCAGAUGAUCAACGGCCUGUUCGGCUGCUUGUGUGGAACCUGCAAUAAAGAAGGGCCACUCUAAGCUCCUGAAGAGGCGCGUGGCCGUGUGCUCUGCAUCCUGUCAUCAAUGACGAGGUGACUGGCGCCCUCUGCUGGAAUAAUGAGAGCAGCGCUCCUGGAUGUUUGCUGCUUUUAUUUGGCACCAUUUUACAAAACUAAUGCGCUUUGAAUGUGACUGCAUUAACUAGCGCUAUGAACUGCUACAUCAUAUUAAAUAUUGAGCACAGUCUUAAAAAUAGAUCAAAUUAUAUACACUCACAUUUUAAAUUAACUGCUUCAUUCAGACCUUUUAUUUCUUGUGGUGUGAAACAUGAAUAUAGCAAGUCCCUUUUGACUUUUGCUUUCAGAGACAGUAAAUAAAAACACAAAACAAACAUCUCCAAAGAUAAAUUUAAUGUAGAUUUGCACAACUACAAUAAAUCGCUCUCUCUGGACUGUAUCAGGAUCAACAGCUUACAAAUGUUUGCAUUUCUUCAACUGUCAAAGAAAACAGACAUUACACAGUAGUUCUGAAUCACAAACUACUCAGUAAUGCAAACACUAAACCUCUACGUGGAAUAACACGGUGCAUUUAAAAAUCAAAUUAACUCAUUGUCCAGCACACAAAGGUUAUUUUUUUGGGGGGGGGGGGGGGCACAGCACUUUCAGUUCAGAACAUUAACAAAAAAAAAUUGAUUUGACAAUUGCACAUAUUGAUACAACUUAAGAGCUCAAAGUCAAAAUACUUGCUGGCUGAUGAAACCUGUAACAACACUGAUAUUAAAAUACAUCAGUCAAGUCUCUUGAAAGUAAGGCCAUUUUCUGUGUAAAUAUUAAGGAAAUGUUUUUACCAUAUAAAAAUUCCAUUUAAAAAAAAAAAAAAAUACUGGAAAUGAAAUUCUAAAACUCAUGUCAAUCAAAUGUCAGG